AUGGCUACUCCAACUCUGAACAGCCAGUCUGUUCUGAUGGUGGAGAUGGAGGCAUGUGUAUGGCAUGCACUUGAUAGUGCCCUGGAUGCCCAGCCAAAGAAGACCUGGAUGCACAUUUCUGCUGGACAAAGGGCUUUCAGGAUUAGAGUGGUAUCCAGUUCUGGGAUUUCCUGUCCUGGUCCCAGAUUCCUGUCCCAAUUCCUGUUCCAAGGAUGGGAUCAGAUUGAAGCUCAGCUUAAUGGAAUGGGACCAGGUUGUUUAACAGCAUAUUGGGACAGUUCCAUAGGAACUGAAAUUGGGAUGGAAUUGAGACCAGGAUCAAAAUCUAGCUAG